AUGUCGGCCUACCUGGUGGUGAACCGGCAGUACUUCGGCCAAGGCCCUCUGGCCACGCUCUACGGCUACCAGAUCAUGGGCGCUAUGAUGGGCCAUGCCGUCGCUACCUUCCUGGGCGGCAUGGUCUAUGAGUUGAGCGGUUCGUUUAUGCCAGUGUUUGUCUUGUCCAUGGGCUUCAGCCUGGUUGGCGUCCUGGCCAUACUGACCCUGGAAUCCACCAAGCAGGUACUUAUCCCCGACUGGGAGAAAUCCCUGCCACCGGAGGCCCGCACCGACGCAAUAGCCAGACUCAGGCCCGAGCCACGGCCCGCGCCGCCUUCGGGAGCGUUACCCGAAGCGACGCCUGGCGACUGA